AUGAACCCGAGAUACGAUGUCAGCGGUGAUCUCUUCCUGACCGAUAUGGCCGGAUCGGGUCUCAUGGCAAAAUACGGCGACGGCCGGGUCGCCAUCGCCACCAGCCAGGUCAUCGAGGCUGCCGUCGGCGGCACCGUCGUCAUCGGCGACAAUGCGACCGCGAUCGCGGCGCUCCAGACGGGCAAGGAGGACAAGUUCAACAAGGGCUGUGCCCAACGCAACAUCCGCGUGCCCACAGCCCAGCUCGAAAACGUCGGCGGCACGACUGCGGUGACCAAUCUCGGCUCUACCAAGGAAGACAAGGCCAACAAAGGCGUUGCCAAUGGCUAUGCAUCGCUCGGCAGCGACACUCGCGUCCCCGUGGCCCAGCUCGAAAACGUUGGCGGCACGACCGCGGUGACCAAUCUCGGCACCACAAAGGAAGACAAGUCCAGCAAGGGUGUGAUCAACGGUUACGCGUCGCUCGACGGCACGGCGCAGGUGCCAUCGAAUCAGUUGGGCAAUGUCGCGCGUGCCACCGCCAAGGGCACCUUCCUUGUGGGCAAUGGGAGCACGCCGACGGCGCAGGCCGCGGGCGCCACCAACCAGGCACUCAUCGCCGACACGACCACGGCGACGGGCGUUAAAUGGGCUUCCUAUGAUCAUGUCAAUCUCACCAACAAGGGCACCAACACCCACGCGCAGAUCGACGCCUUCAUCACCUCCAGGGGUCAGCCCAACGGCCUCGCGACACUCGACAGCAACGGCCGCGUACCCCUGGCACAGCUCGCCAAUCUGUCUGCCUCUUACCCCCAGCCGGUCUUUGCCGGAUUCAGCGGAGCGAUCACCACCAACGGAUCGACGGGCAACACCUUCAUCCAGGCUCCCGGCGACGGCGGCACCUCUGGCGACCUCUCCUUUAUCAAUUUCGACUUUGUGUCGAUCGGUGUCAACUCGGUGAGCGUGCCCCGACCUCAAGCGCCCACAUCCGCCGUCACGUUUGACGCUGUCAACAGCAAGUGCACGGUCAACGUCGCCGGCGAGUACCUGCACACGAUCAACGUCAACACCACCGGACCCGGCGGGACUGCGCGCUGGGGCGUCACGCUCUACUGCGACGACAAGAUCGUGAGCGCCUUCAACAAGAUCGUCUACGCCGCCGAUGAUGGUAUGGGCGACCGCAUCUCGUUCUCGGCGACCGUACCGGUUAAUGCAGGCAGCGUGUUCGACGUGCGGCUGCGACUCAGCAACAACAACACCAACCUCAACAUCAUUGGGUGCUCGUGGUUCUGCACACAGCUGUCGGGAUAA